UUUUUCAUAAAAUCUCUACGAGCUCCUUCUAUGGCGGCAGGACUCUCAACAAUCGCCGUAACACUCAAACCACUCAACCGCUCUUUCUCUUCCUCCACCUCCCGCCUUAACCACCCUACAUCCGCCGCCGUUUUCCCUCCGUCUCUCCGAUUCAACGGCUUUCGACGAUGGAAGGUCCUCACCCUCUGUUUCGUCGUGGAAGAGCGAGAACAGAGCUCUCCCAUGGAAGACAGACCGGAAAGCACGAGCUCUCCCGAGAUCUUGACGACGUCGCGGCUUCUCCAGAAAGCUGAGAGGAAGAAAUCAGAGAGAUUCACUUAUCUAAUCGCGGCUAUGAUGUCGAGCUUCGGUAUCACUUCAAUGGCUAUCAUGGCUGUUUACUACCGAUUUUCCUGGCAAAUGAAGGGAGGUGAAGUUCCUGUAUCAGAGAUGUUCGGUACAUUUGCUCUCUCCGUUGGUGCUGCCGUUGGGAUGGAGUUUUGGGCAAGAUGGGCACAUAAAGCUCUGUGGCAUGCUUCUUUAUGGAACAUGCAUGAGUCUCAUCACAGACCUAGAGAAGGAGCGUUUGAGUUAAACGAUGUGUUUGCUAUAAUUAACGCGGUUCCUGCGAUUGGUCUUCUCUACUAUGGAUUCUUCAACAAAGGACUUGCUCCUGGUCUCUGCUUUGGUGCCGGACUGGGAAUAACGGUGUUUGGAAUCGCCUACAUGUUCGUCCACGAUGGACUUGUACACAAGAGAUUCCCUGUGGGUCCCAUUGCCAACGUGCCUUACCUCCGAAAGGUCGCCGCCGCUCACCAGUUACACCACACAGACAAAUUCAAGGUUUUGGGAAUGGUGCAGGAAGUGGAAGAAGUGGGAGGAAAAGAAGAGUUGGACAAAGAGAUAAGCCGGAGAAUCAAAUUAUACAACAAGGGUUCCAUCCUAUAA